AAGGAGUCCUAUUGUGAGCAGGUUUGGUGCGCGGGCUGGGGUAGGCGGCGUUGGGGUCCCUGGCUCUGGGGCACUGGGAAGGUCGCGAGUCGUGCGCGUGGGAAGGUCCUCCCCCGGUCCUCCGGGUCAUCUUUGCUCCCGAGGAGCAGCAUAUUUAGCAUCUGCCGGAGGUGUGCCCGGGGGUCGUUGGGAGAGUGACGGGAUGAAUCCCUGCAGAGAGCCAGGACUGGGAGGAAAGGUGUCGGGGAGACGUCGUUUCCUGGCAACGUGGCCCCGGCAGGCGACUUAGACCUGAGCCGAAUCUGUUGAGCCCAAAUUGUGCUUUUCCCACCAAGAAGAAAAGGGAGAGAAACAGUACAAUUUCGGCACUAAAACAUAGUAGAGAAGCAACAUAACCUCUGAAAUCACACAGCUAUUCAGUUUCAAAGCGUUCCUAGUGCCCAGCUCUCCUAACUCCCUGCCAGUGUUCCUUGACAUUAUGGUGAUAUAUAAAGACUUUCUGUUUCCGCUUGUGUGUGUGUGUGUGUGUGUAGCCUCUGAGCUCACCUCUGUGCUCGAGUAGCACCCUGUGCAGCCUUGCAGUGUAGCCCUUAUUGCAUGGCACGGAAGAUACUAGUUUGGAUUUCCUCUGCAAGUCAGAUCAUAGCUGUAUCCAUUUACUGGCACAGUGGCUAGCGCAUCGUAGACAGACACAAACGUUUAUUAAACGGAAUGAAUACAAGACCUUAAUUGAAUGAAAUGGCACCCUGCCCCGCUUUUUUUCAAUCAAGCUGUCAGAUUUUGUGCAGCCCCAUAUCCUAAAAAAACUCACUAAUUCAGUGAUUACCAAUUCAUUGGCCACAGAUUCCCAGGUACAUCAGAAAUCACUGGAAGGGUCUCUGUAAGUCCAUGGGGUCUCCAUCUAGUUCUCCAUGGCGUCAUCUAGAACUGGUCAUAUACAUACAGAUACUGCUAUUUUUCAAAUGUACGUAGAUGAGCUGUAAUUUAGGAGUUUUACAGAGUCAACAGGUACUAAAAGUAAUACUGCGAUCAUAUUGGAAGUUCAUAAAAACGUUUUAAAAUUUUUAUUAAAAUUUAAGUUUUAGUAUAAGUUAGGAAACCACUUCAUUAGUCCAGUUGAUAUCUAGGUCUGAGCUGUCCAGUAUGGUAGCCACGUGUGACUAUUUAGAGUUAGAAUGAAAUUAAUUAAAAAUUCAUUUUUUCAGUUUCUUUACAUUUUAAGUAAUCACAUGUGGCUAAUGGCUAAAUGGCUGACAAGUACAGAUAUAGAAUAUUUUCAUCCUUGCAGAAAUAGAUACUGCUGAUGUUGACACUUGAGAUGAAUAAAAAGUAACUUAACCAUAAAAUGUAACGUUAGCAGAGGCAACUCAUCUAAUUUAUAGCAUAACAAAUGAAAUUGGGGGAUGGUUAAGCAGUUUCUAUCCUUGUUCAGUAAACAAGUAUAUACAUCAUCUCUUCAUGAAGAAAUAAAUGAAAUUUAAUGUUUUUCCCUGGGUAUUGCCUGGAUUAUAAAAUGCUUCUCCCACCUCCUUACCCCAACCUUCUUCCUUGUAGGUUAGAGUUACUUAUUGUUGGUAAAUAGCCACUAUGGAGACUAAGGACCAGAAGAAACACAGAAAGAAAAACAGUGGACCCAAAGCUGCAAAGAAAAAGAAGCAGCAUCUGCAGGAUCUCCAGCUAGGAGACGAAGAAGAUGCCUGGAAGAGAAAUCCCAAAGCUUUUGCAGUUCAGUCUGCUGUGCGGAUGGUUUGAUCCUUUCACAGCUAUGUUUAGCUAUAGCCUGAUGGUUCUUCCGUUGAUUCUUUUUAAAUAGUAGGAGCCACUCACAGGUGACAUUUGGAUUCACAAGUCUAGUUCAGCUCCAAAGGACAUGGAGAUGCAUGCUGUGUGGCUUUUACUAAAGUGUGAGAAGCUUUGCCAUAGAAGCUGCCUUGCCUCCAGCAUCUACACACUGGACUCAGGAUUUGAAGGUAAGAAAGCAUCAUAUUCCAGUGGUUGAUCGAACUCCACUAGAGCCCCCACCAAUAGUGGCAGUGGUGACGGGGCCUCCAAAGUUGGAAAGAGCACUUUGAUAUAAUGCCUCAUUGGAAACUUCACCCGGCAGAAGUUGACCAAGAUCAGAGGCCCUGUGACGAUCGUGUCAGGUAAAAAGCGCAGAUUCACCAUUAUUGAAUGCGGGUGUGACAUUAACAUGAUGGUUGAUCUGGCUAAAGCAGCAGAUCUGGGUGCCAACUGUUCUCCCUUUCUGGAAUGGUGCAUGGAGAAUAUCAAAACCAAGAAAUCCACAAUCUGGGCCGUUUUAUUAGUUAUGAAGUUUAGGCCUCUCACAUGGCAAACUUCUCACCCUUAUAUCCUGGCAGACAGGACAGCCCCGAGUUUGACCAGCCACAGGGAUCAGUGUGCCCCUCUGAGUCCGACAUCUAUGAGGCAGGAGCUGUGGACGGGAUGGCAGGGGCACCCAUGGCUGCUGCUGUGCAGCCUGCUGAGGUAACUUGAAGUUGGUGAGGACCUCCACAUGCACCACAUCCAUGACCGGGAGAUGCCUGAAGCUUUGGAGUUUAACCCUUCUGCCAAUCCAGAGGCAAGCACAAUAUUCCAUGGGAACUGUCAAACAGAUGCUUUGGAGUUUAACCCUCCUGCCAAUCCAGAGGCAACUACAAUAUUCCAGAGGAACUCUCAAAUGGAUGUUAUAGAAAUAAGAAGAAGCAACUAUACAAACCACGUAUCUACUGUGCGUUUCAGUCAACAAUACAGCUCAUGUUCAACAAUAUUCCUUGAUGACAACACAGCCAGCCAGUCUUAUCUUACAAUGACAAUAAUAUCAGUGACCUUGGAGAUACAUCAUGAUAUCACGCAGAGAGAUGCAGAUAGAUCUUUGAGCGUAUGUGAUGAAGAGUUAUACUCAUUUACGGUGGAGUCUCUCUCUGUAGCCCAGGCUGGAGUGCAAUCAUGUGAUCUUGGCUCACUGCAGGCUCUGCCUCCCAGGUCCCUGUUCAAGCAGAAACCUGAACCAAAUGAACAAGUUCAACAUCAUCAGUAAGAAGAACUAUCAGUGCCAUAACUCUAAUGGAAUGCACGGGGAAGGAUUCCACAUCAUUUUUGUACUGUAAUGGCCAAAAGUGCAUAACUUCAGUCCAGUCAUGGAAAUACAUCAGACAAACCCAAAUCGAGGAACAUUUGACAAAUACCGAUCAGUACUGGUUCAAAGUGUCAGGGUUACAAAAGAUAAGGAAAGACUGAGGAACUCUCACUGCAGUCCUACAAAAUGGCAAGAGACUAAGAAAUAACUAAAUGCCCCGUGAUCCUGGGUGGCACUUGGGAACAGAAAAAGGACAUUAGUGGAAAAAGUGGUGAAACUCCAGUAAGGGCUUUAGUUUAGCUAAUAUGUUCAUUUUAAAUUAAAUAAUUUAAAUAUAUUUAAACAUUA